AUGAAUUUGGUUGAGCGAAGGCAGAGCUGGCUGCUUGCAGUUCGUGACUCAGACGAGGAGGCUUUGAGUGAGAAGAUCAACCAAGCUUUAGCGCCAUCCGAGGGCGUCAAGGUCAAGGAUGGUGCGACUGUGACUGAUUCGAAAGACUUGUCCGCUUUGAGUCGAGCAGGCCCAUGCUGUGGUUGGGAAAACCUCAAGCCGAUUACCCACUUGGAGAACUAUGCUCCAAAGUUCAAGACAUGCACCUCCCAGGAGGAUAUUUCGCAGAAAAUUGAAGCCAUUGCCCCAGUCAAGAAAUUGAUUGGUGUCCUGAUGUCGUCUUGCAAGACCGCCGUUAAUGACCUCGGCGGUGCGAGGAAGAAGCAUCAGCAGCAAAAAGAGAAGGCGAAGGAAAAGGCUAUGAAAGAAGCAGCGGCGAAGAAGUGGGGACACCCUAGUGGAGGUGCUGGAGGACACAAACGUUCGAAGAACCUUUUGGCGCACCCAUUGCUGGAUGCUGACGCGCAAUGCUGGCAAAGUCCUGAUGCCCAGAUUCAAUCAAGCCCCAAGUUGCAAGGCAUUUGGGAUCCGAGCCUACCAUUCAUCGUGAGCAAUUUUGAUGGACCCUUCAAGGAUGACGCCUUGACCACUCGACUUGCAGAGUUUGGCGCUUUGUUCAAACAGUCCAAUUACCGGGUGACCGAGGGCCGUGCGCACGCCCCGCUUGCAGAAAGCUUGGCAGCUGCGCUCCCAUCUUUCCUCUACAACUGUUUGCCUUCCGAACAGAAGAUUUCACCCCACACUAUCUCCACGUCAGCGGAAGGCCCGACUAGGACUCUAGCGAAAUUGGAGGCUGAUGACGCAGCCAGCCAUCCAGAUUUGUCAAAGAUGAUGAUUGCCAGUUCUUUCGGUAUCGCUUCCUCACAUGUUUCAAUUGGGAAGUUCGAGCUGAACCAGUUUCCUUGUUUGCGAGCUACUUGGAAAGGUACUCGGUUUAUCACAAUCGUGCUCUUUGAGGAUGCCUUGAUGAACUGUCAAGAGAUUGAGAAGGAGACGCCCGUGAGCCUUCAGAAGCUGAUGGAUUGGGCGCAUCGCCUUUCACCUUCUGACAUCAGCAAGCUUGUGGCCAAGGGCGGCGCCUUUGCUGGCACUAUCGGGCCCUCUGACCUCUUGUACACACCUGCUGGUGCAAUUGUCUCUCACAAGGUUUUGGGUGAUGAUGUCAUCGGAGUACGAAUGGGUGUGUUGGGUGGGACUAUGGAUUUUGACAAGCUUCUCGAAGUGACGCCCGCCAACAAGGCUUUGUCCCAAGCUUCCACCCUGUUGGCAAAGAAACGGGGCUCGAACAGGGAAGCGAUGGUGAAGGCUCGGGCACUGAGAGAUUCUCCGGGAGAACCGCCUGCAGCGGCAAGUGGUGCAGACGCAGAAGAAGCUCAGGCUCAGACUGGGGCUGCGCCUGGGGCUCAGGGAAAAAAGGAAGGCGACAAGGAAGAAGAGCGUGGCGACACAUGA